AUGCUCCACGUCUGGAAAGCAUCUGGGGAUGAGGUGACCGCCAUGCCGGUUGGACAGGUGCGCAGCGUCCGGGAGCUGAAGCAAGAGCUAGAGGGGCCAUGUGGGCUGCCUCGGUUCCGGCAGCGCAUCCUGCGAAGUGGCGUAAGCUUGGAUGAUGAGGCUCCUCUCGAUUCACCCGCAGACCUUCAGCUGGUACUCUUGCAAUUUGCCAGCGCGUCGCACGCAGAAAAAGCUGCACUUAGUGAGGCCAUCUACCAGGGAGAUAUCUUGGAAGUGGAGAGGAUCUUGAAUCAGCCACAGGAUCCCAAUCUGUUGGAUCCCUGGCGGGGUGCUGCACCUCUUCAUGUCGCAGCGCGACACAACCGGGCGGAGGUUGCCAGCUUGCUUCUGGAGGCCAAGGCGGACGUCAACCUGCAGACGGUAUACAAUGCUUGGUGCACACCACUUGGGACGGCAUCUGCAGCUGGAUGUGUUGACAUGGUACGCCUUCUGCUUGAAGCUAGUGCUGAGAUGGACAGCAGAGACUUUUGCUCUCGGACGCCGCUGAUGUCUGCGGCUUUCUGCGGCCAGGCGCAGGUCGUUCAGCUGCUGCUCCAUGCCGGCGCCAAUAAAGAGGCGCGCGACGACAAUGGAGCAACGCCCCUUCUUGUGGCAUCUCAGUGUGGCCAUGCGAAGCAAUGCCCAGUUUUAUGA